AUGGAGAGAGUAGUAUUGUGUGUUGUAUUUGUGGUGGUUUGUUUUUCAUUUGGGAAUCCACUUUGCUCGUCUCAUGAUUCCCUUUCACUUUUACACUUUAAGCAUUCACUUAACGCGACAAGUGACCAUCUAUAUGGUUGCCCAAAUUCUUCUAAUCCUAAGACAACAUCUUGGAAUAUGACUAGUAUGGAUUGUUGUAGGUGGGAUGGAAUUACCUGCAAUAGCUUCACUGGUCAUGUCAUUGGUUUGGACUUGAGUUGCAGCAGACUUGAAGGAACUCUACAUCCAAAUAGUAGCCUUUUCCAGCUUCGUCAUCUUCAAACACUCGAUCUUUCUGCUAAUGACUUUUCAAGUUCUCAAUUUCCACAGGGUAUUGGUCAGUUGUUCAAUCAGGAAGGAUUGAAUAUGCUAUUUCAAAACUUAACCAAGUUAGAACUACUUUCUCUUUCUGAGGUAAACAUCUCAUCCAGCAUACCCAUGAAUCUAUCAUUCUCUUCUUCUUUGAGAUAUUUAAAUCUUGCUACCACUAACUUGCAAGGAGACUUGCCCAAAAGCAUUUUCCUCCUACCCAAUCUGGAAACUCUCAGACUCUCACAAAAUCAUCUAACUGUUUCUUUACCCAAGUAUUUUAACUGGACUCAUUCACUAAGGGAGUUGGAUCUCUCUUACAAUAAUGUUUCUGGAGGGAUACCCAAUUCACUCAGAAAUACUUUCAAAGCCUUAAAGAUUCUACGACUUUCUGGGUGCAAACUUGCCGGACCAUUUCAAGAAUUCAUUAGGAACCUUUCACAAAUCACCCAGUUAGAUCUUUCAGACAAUCAUUUAGAGGGUGAAAUUCCAGAAUUCAUUGGGCAACUUUCACAAAUCACCCAACUAGAUCUUACAGACAACAAUUUAGAUGGCGAAAUUCCAGAUGUUUUUUCAAACUUGCAAAUGCUUACACAUUUACUACUACAAAACAACAACUUCACUGGCCGGUUCCCAUCUUCUCUUGUGGAUUUGACAAACCUUCAAGUUUUAAGGUUGAGAAACAAUUCACUCAGUGGUACAAUUCCAGAGUUUAAGACUAAUUCAAUAGGAAUACUUGAUUUGUCUCGUAAUCAAUUCUCUGGUUCCAUACCUCAAUCGCUUACACAUCUUCUCAACCUAACUGCUGUCUUUCUUGGACAAAAUAAGUUGAGCGGCGGGAUUGGAGCAGAGAUGUUUUCAAGCAUGAAAAACCUUCAAUAUCUUGAUCUUUCUCUUAGUGGUUUAUCAUGGAGUGGCAAUAGCAACACCACUUUUCCCCUUCUUUCUUAUUUAGCUUUACGCUCUUGUGGUGUGAAAGACUUCCCAGAUUUCAUAUUCAACUCUAAAGAUUUAUGGAUUUUGGAUCUCUCGGAGAAUGAAAUUCACGGGCAGUUACCGAAAUGGUUUGGGGGUUUCGGUGCAUUGGCAAACCUUAACCUCUCUCACAACUACCUUACAAGCUUAGACCAUAUACCUUGGGAGAAAAUGAUGAUACUUGAUGUUCAAUCAAAUUCACUCAGUGGACCUUUGCCAUCUCCCAUUUGCACCAUAACUGAACUUUUUAUGAUAAAUUUGUCUUACAAUAAUUUGAGUUCUGAAAUUCCCAAUUGCUUGUUUAAUUUUUCCAGUCUCAGGGUCCUAGACUUACGAGCUAAUAACUUCCAUGGACUCAUCCCAAACAAAUUCCCAAAGAAGAGUAGACUAGUGCAUAUUAAUUUGAGCAAAAAUCAAUUGGAAGUUAGAGCUUCUCAUACUGAAAUCUAA